AUGGUGCCUGAGAAGUCAGUGUCUAGGGACGACGCGGAUGAGGUUAGCAUAGUCUUACCGGCUAGAAAGAUUGCAAAGUACUUGGCCAGUAUUGGCCUGGAUACCGGAGAUUUCACCUUCUUUGCGCUCAACGUCGCCAAAACAUUCCGGCGCGCAACAACGGCGUCAUCUUCGCUCGGCGAGCGAAUUGGCGCUGCGUACAGAGCCACUCUUCCCCGGCAUCCUUUUCUUCUUUUCGGCCUCCCUUUCGUGAUGAUUAUAGUCGCCGGUUCGUUUGCGUUAACGCCAGCUGCUGCACUGAGAUAUGAACGAUACGAUCGCAAAGUAAAGCAACUUAGUCAAGAGGAGGCCAUGAACCUUGGCCUGAAGGGGCCCGAUGGGGAAGAGGGAAUCAAGAGGAACCCCCGCAGAAGAAUCUUAGGAGACGAAAGAGAAGAAUAUUACAGGCUCAUGGCCAAGGAUCUCGAUGAUUGGGACCAGAAGCGCGUUCAAAGGUUUAAGGGUGAACCAGAUGGGAAAAUAUAA